CGUAAUAAAACCGAUUCAAUACCUGGUAACCGGCCCAAAGAAUUGCUCACCUAGGUGUUGCCCAACUCUUGGCUGCCACUCGACAAGUAAGGUAGCGUCUCAAGGGCACCUUUGUUCAAUCAUGCAUUCAACUCCUCUUCUUUAUCCUUGGACGCUGCAUUUGUAAAGAAAGACUUCAGCAACAUCGCAAACAGAAAGAAGAACAGCUCGAAUUGUUCCCGACUGAGUUUCAGCCCCCGGGCACUGAGCAAAAGGUUCUCUAGCGGUCUCCAUCAAGCUGACGGUCAGCUAUUCCAACUUCCCUAGUGUCGGUAUCGUUACUGUACCGUCGUCCGGGUGCCUCAGGCUGCAGCUUCUCUCCUCCGCCCGCAACUCAACCACCACCACCACCAUCCACCAUCCACCAUCCACCUGCGCUCACGACUCAAUCUCGUACUUCUCCUUCUCUCAGGCCCCGGCUAAAACUUGCCUAUUCUCACUUGCCACCACCGACGGCCACACCCUUACAUCGUUCUUUCCCACCGAUUUCCUCUUCAUCGUUGUCGAUGUCAUGACCUCUCGCUUCAAGAGUUUAGGCUUCGGUUCCAAACGAAAGAGUAGUGCCAACAUCCAAACCACCUCUGUCGCUUCGCCAAACGGCUCCAUCUCCACCACUGCCACCACUCCUCCUCCUCCUCCUCCCAAUUCCUCUCAGACCAGCCUGCCGCCGAUGAACCAGCCAGGCGCUCCUGGUCGCCCUCCCAGCUAUUCAUACCAGACUGCUCAAGGUCGCCCUCAGUCCCCCCUCCCUCCUCCUCCGAACCAAAUGGCGCACCACCCUCCUCCCAUCGACACCAGACAGGGCUACAUGGGCGGAAAUCCUCAGCUGGGGCCUCCACAACCCCCCGGAUAUGGCGGUGCAUAUGGCCAAAUUGGUCCCCAGCCGGGCAUUCAACACACAACCAACCAAUUUCCGCCUGGUCGUCCCGCUGAAGUGGAAGGUGGAGGUCGGAGUAAGGCUCAGCUUAUCGUUGGCAUUGACUUUGGCACAACCUUUUCCGGUGUGGCUUUCGCUUUCGCGACGAACACAGAAGCGAAGGAGGACAUAAUCACGGAAUGGCCUGGCGCAGGCAACCAAACGAAACAAAAGAUUCCCACAGUUCUGUACUACGACCAGUAUCAGAAAGUUGUCGGCUGGGGCCCAGACAUUGCUGAUGCUCUCGCCCCUACCGGCUACCCCAAGCCGGGUGUCCAAAAGGUGGAAUGGUUCAAGCUGCAACUAAUGCUCUCGGGCAAUACAUACAUAGACCCUAUCAACCUGCCCCCUCUCCCGCCCGGAAAAUCCGAGAUCGACGUUGCUGCCGACUACCUCUUCAAACUCCGACAAGCCAUGCGAGUCCAAUUACAAAAGACCCUGGGUGAGGUGUUCAAUCGAGAAGAGCGUAACAUCCGAUACUUCCUGACGGUGCCGGCCAUCUGGAACGAUGCAGGAAAGGCAGCGACUAGAGCGGCUGCCAUUCAAGCUGGUUUCAUUCGAGACGAGAACGACAACAGACUGACCCUCAUCACCGAACCCGAAGCCGCAGCCAUGUUUUGCUCCAAGACUGGCCUCCUCAACCUUAAGAUCCACGAUGCUGUUCUAAUUGUCGACUGUGGUGGUGGCACGGUCGACUUGAUUGCCUACGAAGUGGAAGAAGAGACCCCCUUCUCCGUCGCCGAAUGCACAGCUGGUAGCGGUGAUUCUUGUGGUUCGACGGCUCUCAACCGCAAUUUCUCAAAUAUCUUGCGGGCCAAAAUCCGGAAAAUGAAACUGCCCGAUGGAUCAAAGACUGCCGGAAGAGUCUACGCUAAAUGUAUUAUGGAUUUCGAGAAUCGAAUCAAGGCCGACUUCCGUAACAACGGCCAGAAAUGGGCUGUGGACGUGGGUAUCGAGGCCGAAUUCCCAGAGGCCGGCAUCGAAGAAGGUUACAUGACUUUCACCAACGAGGAAAUCCUUCAAUGCUUCGAGCCCGUCGUCAACCGCAUCCUCGAGCUCGUACGCAAUCAGAUCAUUGCCAUCCAAGCGCAAAACAGAGCACUUCAGAAUGUCCUCGUGGUCGGUGGUUUUGGUGCUUCCGAAUACCUCUUCCAGCAGAUCAAAUUACAUGUGCCUCCGCAGUUUCAGUCGAAGGUGGUCAGACCUAUGGACUCGGUCGCUGCCAUUGUCAAAGGUGCUGUCACGGCAGGUAUUACGGAAAGAGUGGUCACUUCACGUGUGGCUCGACGACAUUAUCUCAUGGCCACUUUGCAACCUUUCAAGGAAGGUUACCAUCCCGAACAAUACCGUGUACCCAGUCUCGACGGUAAAGAUCGAUGUAAAUAUACCCGACAGAUCUUUGUCCAGAAAGGUGAGAGAGUCAAGAUUGGUGAACCUGUAAAGGUUUCGUUCUUUAGACAAGUCGCGCCAGGAGCUACAUUGAUGUACGAAGACAUUCUGUACGCGUGCGACGAGGAUGUUUGCCCUGAAUACACCAAAGACCCUCGCAUCAAGGAAGUUGUAACGCUCACUUCAGACCUGUCAAGAAAGAACCUAGAAAAGGAUUUCGAACGCAUGGACACCCCGCAAGGCACAUUUUACCGGGUCUACUUCGACAUCUACCUGACCCUGGAUGGCUCAGAAUUCAAUGCCGAACUGGUCUGCCAGGGAGAGGUCAUGGGACGGUGUACUGCACGAUUCAGAUAAUCAACCGUUACUUUUUCUGAUGUCGUUAUGAGGUCGAUGGGCAAAAGCGAGCAGAAUAAAGAGCUCCCUGGUGUUGCGGUUCACUCUGAUUGGCAUGGACGAUUUGGCAUAUUUGUCCCUGCAACAACGUUGGAGUGGAGGAUCAAUUGGUCUUUACAUGCAUGCAGCUCUGUUUUGACGCUAAACAUGUUGAGAGGAAGGGUGUACCGCGGGAAAAGACAUACACUUCCUUUCAGACAUUUGCCGAAUAUCCACGAGUCGAAGACGGAUGAUAAUAUGUGGAUCUAGUGAAAAAGAUAAUUUCAGGACAGGAGAGUCAAGAGGGUGGCAGUCUGAGGGAAGCUCCAGAGGGGAGCGAGGGUAUGAGCAGUCGAUGAUCAUGCGGACAACAUCGAGUUUGGGGGAGACGACCGUGACGGCUGAAGAAAAGGAGAAGGACGCCGGGGAAGAAGGGAAACUGUCCAGCUAUCAAGUACCUUAGUUAAGAUGGCUGAAUCAGACAAUGAGCGUAGGAUAUCCAUACAAUACGAAUCUUUGACCGAUAUUUAUACC